GUACUUUGCUCUUCCCCUUUGCUAGAAUUAUUUGUUCCAGAAAACCUAAUGAGCAUUUUUGUUGUACAGUUCAGCUGUACACCAGUAACAGAUACAAAAAUUUACAGCAAAUACGUUAAUCAGUAGUUGCUCUAGUGACAGAACUAGGUGAGAGGUUCUUCUCUUAUCAGUGGUGAACUUCAGUCAGGCUUGACGCGUUCUGCCAGGAAGGAGGACUCGAACAUUCUGGGUGGAACUUCUGCUCCACAUCAACAGGUUUCUCAACAAACAGUUCCAAGUUUCAGAUGAACUUUAUGCAAGUGUUAGAAUAUGGACCUUGUGAAACACUCAGGCGGCUGUCACUGUGGAGCUGUUAGAUUUGAAGUUAGGAGUUCUCCAGAUCUCCACGUCUUCCAUUGCAACUGCAGCAUUUGUACCAAAAAACAAAAUCACCAUUUCAUCGUCCCCAAAAACAACUUCAGACUUUUACAAGGGGAGGAAAAUCUGACAACAUAUACCUUUAACACUCAUGCUGCCAAACACACCUUCUGUAAAACCUGUGGAGUUCAAAGUUUCUACACGCCGCGGUCCAACCCUGAUGGCUAUGGUGUUGCCCCACAUUGUCUGGAUCCAGGUAGUGUGCACAGUGUGACGGUGGAGACGUUUUGUGGAGAAAAGUGGGAGGAGAGCAUGCAAGCUCACAAGACUAUCCGAGACAUGUCCAAACCCAAAGAGGAUAUGCAGCAGAAAGAGUAAACCCCCAACAAAGGCCUUUAUUAUUUCAAUCUGUAAGCAUAUUCAAGUAUUUAGUGUUCUUUUACACUUUGUUACAUUCAAGCACAAUAAUGUUUUUCAAAAAACUGUAACUUUUAGGAAUGUUUGACAUCAUAAAGUAUCAAAAAUACA